GUACGGACGGUGGAACAAAGCUGAUUCACACGGCCCGAGUUCAGAGGUAGCCGGCAGCACAGCCGCAGUCUCAGCGGCGCGCGCCGACCAACACCACGCACCAUUGACUUCCACUAGUGACAACCAUAAAAAAACUAGGCCACAAACAUGGCUUGUGUACAAACAAGAACAUUGUCUAGAACUUGGAUACAAAUCAACUUAGUGCUCCUGUUGAUUGUACAAGUGUGCCUCGCAGAUCCGCAGCUGGAUUUGCCGCCUCUACCUCAAGUUUCGAGCACGCAGAGAAACCCUUACGGCUACUCGAGCACUCCCGGCUCAAUCAAUUCCCCGGGCAACCAGUAUGACGUGUCACAGAACCCCAACUAUCAGUUCAGUGGGGGUCCGAGCCCUAACACGCCGGGAGUGUACCCGGUGUCCACCACCCCCGGCUACAACCGCGGCAUCAGCCCCGACAUCAACAACAACGGGUAUCCGAGCCUCGACUACGGAAACGGGAACCGAAACCCGAUUUCCACGGCUCGGCCGUACGACGACAGGAAUAGGGAUGACCGAAUAGACAUCAACAAUGAUCCGAAUUUCCGUAGGAACGAUCCCAAUUUCGUGCGCAACGAUCCCAACUACGCGAAUGUGAACCCGUAUGACUUCAACCGCGGGGUGGUGACCAACAGCAUCGACGACCGCUUCCACCAGAUCAGCCUGCAGAAGGUGCGGGACUUCCUGCUGCAGGCCGACGACCAGGCCUCCAAGGAGUGCACCAACAACGUCGCCGCGCAGUGGAACUUCGAGACCAACGUCAAUGAUGGCACCCAACAUGCUGCGUUGGACGCUCAGCAGCGCUACACGCUGUUCCAGCGCGGGCUGUGGGAGGCGGCGCAGCAGUUCCCGAGGAACGUGGUGCGGGACUUCAACAGCUUCCGCCAGCUGCGGCUGCUGUCCAUCAUCGGACCGUCUGCGCUGCCGCCAGACCAGCUUGAUAGGUACAACAGGCUGAUAAACGACAUGCUGGCCGUCUACAACACGGCCGAGAUAUGCGCGUACAACGAGCCCUUCAAGUGCGGCCUCCACCUGCAGCCGGAGCUGCAGUUCCUCAUGUCGCACUCCAGAGACUGGGACGAGCUGCAACAUGUCUGGGCCGAGUGGAGGAGGAACACGGGAAGGAGGAUCCGGGACUUGUAUGAACAGCUGGUGGAUCUGACCAAUCACGCUGCACGGCUUAAUAACUUCACUGAUGCUUCAGCUUACUGGCAGUUCCCGUACGAGUCUCCUAAUUUCAGACAAGAAGUGGAUGAUGUUUGGGAACAGAUAAAGCCGCUCUACACUCUCCUCCACGCCUACGUGCGUCGACGCCUGCGCGAGGCUUACGGUCCGGAGCGCAUCUCCCGGUCCGCCCCCCUCCCCGCGCACGUGCUGGGCGACAUGUGGGGGCAGAGCUGGAGCGGCAUCGUGCCCCUCACACUGCCCUACCCGGGCAAGACGCUGGUUGAUGUCACCCCGGAGAUGAUACAACAGGGCUACACCCCGCUCUCAGUGUUCCAGCUAGCGGAAGAGUUCUUCGUCUCCAUGAACAUGUCCGCGAUGCCUCCCGACUUCUGGCAGCUGAGCGUGCUGGAGCAGCCCCCGGAGCGCCACAUCCACUGCCAGCCGUCGGCCUGGGACUUCUGCAACAAACACGACUAUCGUAUCAAGAUGUGCGCGCACGCGGACCAGAAGGACCUGGUGACGGCGCACCACGAGAUGGCGCACAUCCAGUACUUCCUCGCCUACAGGAACUUGCCCAAGGUGUUCAGAGAUGGCGCUAAUCCAGGUUUCCACGAAGCGAUCGGAGAGACGGUGGCCCUCUCCGUCUCCUCCCCUCGCCACCUGCAGACCCUGGGGCUCGUGCAGCGCUCCGUGGAUGACACGGCCCACGACAUGAACUUCCUCUUCACACAAGCCAUGGACAAGCUGGCCUUCCUCCCGUUCGCCCUCGUCAUGGACCGGUGGCGCUGGGACGUUUUUACUGGAGAUAUCAGGAAGGAGCAGUACAACUGUCAUUGGUGGAGAUUGAGGGAGCAGUACCAGGGCGUGAAACCGCCGGUUCUCCGUUCCGAGCUCGACUUCGACCCUGGCUCCAAGUACCACAUUCCGGCGAACAUCCCCUACAUCAGAUACUUCGUGAGCAACGUGCUGCAGUUCCAGAUCCACCGAGCGCUGUGCGAGCGCACCGGCCAGUUCAUACCGGGCGACCCGAGCCACCCGCUGCACAAGUGCGACAUCUACCGGCAGCCCGAGGCGGGCAGGAUACUCACAUCAAUAAUGCAACGCGGUUCGUCGGCCCCUUGGUCGCAGAUCUUGCAGGAAACGAUAGGGGAAUCUCGACUCAACGGCGAAGCGCUUAGAGACUACUUCAGACCGCUCGAGGACUGGCUGAGGAGUGAAAAUUUGAGGACCGGAGAGUACCUCGGCUGGAGCUAUGACGGAGAUUACUGCAAGUUUAGCAUCGAGACGGCGGGCCUGCAGGUGUACGGAGGCUUCUACAACGCGGCUCAAAGCAGCUUCGGCCUCGCGAGCUUCCUCACCAUCCUGCUCGCCUCCGCCGCCACCACCGUCUGUGGCCUGCGCUGGAGAUAGGACCAAGAUUUUACAUAGCUCUUAUUAUACGGGGAGCUGCAUAUUAUAUAAGUAGCUAUCAAUGACAAAGGAAUAAAGAGAGGACCUGGCAUAAAAAUC